AUGGCGUCACGCAGGUCGAGGUCUCCAUCGACCCCUUCUGAGGGUGAGAUCAUCGAAUCAGGUUCAGAGACGAAGGCAACUACGUCGCAACUUUCUCUUAAUGGCACCAGCGUUGACCGUCAAACCAGAGUCAGUACAUCGUCCGUGAGUAGAUCGCCACGCCAACGGAGGUCCAGGACGAGGACUUGGUCCCGAUCGCGAUCCCGUUCCCGCUCUCCCUAUCGAGACUACAGAGGUCACAAACGCCGACGCGAGGAUGACUAUGACGAGGGGCGUUAUCGACACGAACCGUCGAGACGCGGUGGUCCCAGGUACGACGAUGACCGAUAUCAUGGUCGAGGUCCCGCUUCGCAAAGGCGCCCCAGGGCUUACCACGAUUACGACCGAGACGAUGAUCACAGUGGUGGGCUGCGGUAUACGGAUGACUAUGAUCGACGGGGGGACAAGCGCCCUCGAACUCGAAGUCGGUCGCCAUAUCGCGAAGUGAGGAAACCUAAACAGUACGCGGGCAAUGAGUGGGAUUCUCAACGAGGUAGAGACGGAAGCGUAGCUUCUCGGGACACUGGCAGGAGGAGGCCAUCUACUGAACAGUUAGUGAGCGGACGAGGGAACACUGCAAUCGUCGCUCAAGAUUCUAAACAAGAGGCUGAAAUUCGAAAGAAUCAGGUGCAGCAUGUUUCUUUUCAGGCUCCUCGCGUUGAAGACAGUGCAACCUUGCCGCCGAUACAGGAGAGCAAAGGUCCAACUGAGGAGCCCGCCGGGGCGUUUGAUGAGGCAGCUCGUCUAGAGGCUCGCCGUAAGCGACGCGAAGCGAUUAAAGCCAAAUAUCGAGGCCAGGCAACACCUAUGCAACUACAAGCUCUUCAUAUUGGCGCCGAUACGGAUUCGUCAACUCCGAGUGUGGAUGCAGUUACGUCCCGUGAUGUCGCCUCAGUCUCCCCCCCGCGAUCAGCCUCCGAGGCACCCAACGAUGGCGCUGGCGAUGCGUUCGAGUUCAAGGUUGGCAAUGAUGCUGAUUUAGCUAAUCACGAUGCACCCGUGAACGGCGCGGACAAGGAUGAGCCAUCUGCGGCGGAUUAUGAUCCGACCAUUGACAUGAAAGCAGAGAGGCAAAAGCACGAUAACGUAGAUUCGAAUGGGGAUGUCUCCUCAGCUCGCUAUGAUGAAACGAAAACCACCAAACAGGACGUUCUGAUGCCGGACGCUGCUGAGCUGCAACCACCCCCGGUCAAGGCGAAGGAUCCCUACGACAUGUUUGCUGAGGAUGACGAUGAUAUGUUCGCUGAGGAUAAGGAGGAAACUACGCAGCCGACACAUGCCUCGGCCGUGCCGGUUCCUCAACCCCAGGAGCUCGAUAUCAGCAUGAUGGACAACUGGGACGAUCCUGAAGGAUACUACAAUGUCCGGUUGGGUGAGUUGAUCAAUGGACGCUAUCACGUGCAGCAGAACCUCGGCAAGGGCAUGUUCUCAUCGGUUGUACGCGCAACGGAUUCGAAGACAGGCGGUCUUGUUGCGGUCAAGAUCAUUCGUCAGAACGACACCAUGAGGAAGGCGGGAAUGAAAGAGAUUGCCAUCUUGGAACAGCUUCGCGAGGCCGAUCCGGAGGAUAAGAAGCAUGUCAUCCGAUUCGAGCGCUAUUUCGACCACAAAGGGCAUCUAUGUAUGGUGUUUGAGAAUCUCAGCAUGAAUCUACGCGAAGUUCUGAAGAAGUUCGGACGGGACGUUGGAUUGAAUCUUCGGGCCAUUCGCGCAUAUGCUCAGCAGAUGUUUCUCGGUCUCAGCUUGCUCCGCAAAUGCAACAUUCUCCAUGCAGACUUGAAGCCCGACAACUUGCUGGUGAACGAGCAGCGCAAUGUGCUCAAAGUGUGCGACUUGGGCUCGGCGUCGUCGGCGACGGAGAACGAGAUCACGCCGUAUCUCGUCAGUCGAUUUUACCGGGCACCGGAGAUCAUCCUUGGUAUUCCGUAUGACUAUGCGAUUGACGUGUGGUCGAUCGGGUGCACGCUAUUUGAACUCUACACGGGCAAGAUUCUGUUUACGGGACGGAAUAACAACCAGAUGCUACGGUCGAUUAUGGAGUGUCGUGGCAAAUACCCACCGAAGCUACUACGGCGCGGGUCGCUGACGCAUCACCAUUUCGAUGAUAUGCUCAACUUCCACAGUACGGAAGAGGAUCGGAUCACGGGGCGAUUGUCCACCAAGAUCCUCGAUUUCAAGAAACCCACGCGUGAUCUGCGGACCCGAUUGAUGGGCAAGGAGACCAGAGGGAUGACGGACAGCGAGGCGAAGGAGCUGGCGCUGUUUGUGGAUUUUCUAGAUCGCUGCCUGAGUCUUAAUCCGGAGAAGCGGUGCACGCCGGCAGAGGCGUUGAAGCAUCCGUUCAUUGCGCGGCCAAAGCCGUAG